AUGGCCGAAGUUGAUCUAAACACCUGUGUAGCAUGGACACCAGAUUUAACAUUGAAGUUAAUACAUGAUUUUCGCGAGCAGCCGCAUCUAUGGGAUUUAAAGCAUCCUUCCUACACUGAUCGAGAAAAUAGAAAACAUACUUGGGCUGAUAUUGGGACUAAACUAAACAUAAGUCAAAGUGAAAUAGAAAGAAAAUGUCAUACUUUACGUCUGAAAUUUUAUCGUGAACGCCGAAAACUCUUGUUAGCUGAUCAAUAUGGUAUCGAAGAUGGCAAUCCCUCAACAUCCGAUUGGCAAUAUUAUAAAGAAUUGGAAUUUCUUACCGAGUUCUGUCAAUCAGUAAAAACCGAAACGGAAAAAGGUGUUAAGAAAGACUUAGAGGAUUGUUCCCUCAAUAUUCCUGUCCAAUCCUGUUCAAUUAAUACUUUGAAAAGCAUGGAAGAAAGUAAUAAUUCCUUUAGCGAAGGGCCAGAAAAUAAUCAUAGCAUUGCAUGUAAUGACAAUUCUAUUGGCAUAGUAAACGGACUCGAAAAGCCAUGUGGAGUAACUAUGAAGAGGAAAAGACUAUCCUUACCUACUACAAAUGUUGAUGAUCAACAGGAAGCUUGCCAAUCAUUUCCUAACGUAAAAGACGCAAACAUACAAUAUUACCUUCCAAAAGUAAUUCAAAUGGACCAUAUUGACUCAUUCGGCCAAUAUGUAGCGGCGGAAAUGCACACAUUCAAAAACAAAAGGUUACUGCAAGUUGUUAAGGAUAAAAUUUAUGACAUCCUUCGAAAGGCAAGAUGCGAUAAAGAAACCCUUUUGAUGGAAUAA